GUAUCUUCGUCAUAAACAGUAUAUGCCAUGUUGACCGGAGUAUUCCGGAUGGCGGUGGUGGUGAUGGACCUGACUCUAAUCAUUUUGAAAGUUACACGAGGUUAGGGCUUCAAUAAACAUAAAUUUCAUUGUGACGUUGAUGAGUCCAUGCCCUUGCCAAUCAUUCGAUUUCCAGUCUUACAUGUCAUUGGACGUGCUCUAGAGAUCAAAAAUUUUUCACAAUUCUGCAAAAUGAGUAAAAAAGCUAUUCUAUUGAUGGGAGAUGGAGCUGAGGAGAUGGAAGCUGUCAUCACAGCGGACGUUCUCAGAAGAGCAGGGGUAGCUGUCACUAUUGCCAGUAUAACUGGCAAGGAGUGUGUCAAAUGCUCCAAGGACACAAAAAUCUGCACUGAUGCAAAACUUUCUGAUGUUGUGCCCUCCAAUAUUUAUGAUGUUGUUAUUUUACCUGGAGGACUUGGAGGCUCUCAGGCACUUGCUCAGUCGAAAGAAGUUGGAGACCUCUUGAAAAGCCAGGAACAAGCUGGGAGGAUAAUCGCAGCGAUUUGUGCAGCUCCAACAGCCUUGAAGGCCCAUGGAAUAGGACUUGGGAAAAAAAUCACCUCUUACCCCGGAAAAAAAGAUGAACUCUCAGGAGACUACAACUACCUCGAGGAGAUGGUUGUUGUGGACGACAAAUUGAUCACCAGCAGAGGACCGGCAACGACAUUUGCAUUUGCAUUGACAAUAGUCUCCGAGCUCCUGGGGAAAAAUGCUGCUCUGCCAAUAGCCAAAGCGAUGCUCUACACGGAUUUCAAUUGAGAUGGAGAAAAAAAUUCAAAGUAAUUGAAAUUCCCGCUGAAAUGUAGUUAUUGCCAUCCAAUAAAAUUAGCUUUAUUCACGCAAAAAAAAAUAAAGUCAUCGUUUUAACUUUC